ACGUGAUCUACGUACAGCCAUCGCAUGCGCACUACAGCGCUAGCCGACAAACGGAUUUGGGAUUGAAAAUAUCAUAACCAUCCCUUCUUCCCCUUGUUAAAGCUGAAAAAUCAAUAUGGAGGAGGUGGAUAAUAUUAUCAUACACACAUUUAGAGAAAUCGGAUGUGAUCUUGACGAAGAUGUCGUGACCCUACGUCAAUUCACACCGGAGCUUGUGGUGGAGGCAUCGGUACGAUGUCUGAAAUUGAUAGACACCAAUACAAACCUUCCUCACUCGCUGCCUCCCGGCAUGUCAGCCAGGUUCAGGCUUGGUACAGACCUCGCUAAUGCUCUACAGUCACUUGGUUUCCGAGGUGACAUGGGCUACCAGACCUUCCUGUACCCUAACGAGGCGGACAUCCGUCGUCUGAUGAUGUUUCUGGUUGAGAAGUUGCCUAAGGAAUCGGUGACUAGUACCGAUGAACCACAAGGAACUUCUGCUAUGCUGAGCCGUAGGAUAUCAUCAGAGAUCGCCCGUCAGCUGCAGAGCCCCUGGGUGCCUCCUCCAUGCAAGAGAAGAUCCAUCCGAUGGGUCGGACCAAAGCAAUGGCAUAAGGAGGGUGCAUCGGGCAGCCAUGCCUUUAGGAGCAUCCCUCUUGCCAUCCCCACUGGUCUAGGGGACCUUACCAAACAGAUUCCCAAAGAUAUCAUGAAGUAUUACAACAAGCACAUGCCACUAGUCAAGGAUCAGCCAGCAAGAGAUGAAGAUCUGGCGCCCUCAUUGUUGGAAUUUAAUGCAGCCUCCGUGACAGCUGCUCAAGAGUGGGAAACAGAAUGGAAUACAACGGGUCUGCCAUCAAGACUAUCACAAGAAGAGUACAAAGCCAGGAAGAGGGAGCGUCUCCAGAAGAGGAUGGUCAGCGAGGUCCGCCAGGGACUCCAGAAGUCCGAGCAACUGGACCGCAAGUCGGCCACAGCGGACCUGAUGCAGAUGCUUGACCUCUUAGGUCAGAAGAGCGCUACCAAGGGUACCAAGGGAUCUCGAUUCACCCACACGGAGAAGCUGCAGUUUGCACAGGAUGAUGAGAAAACAGCAGCUCAGAUUGGUAUAGGUGAAGGAGGACCAAGAGCCGACACCGAAGAGGAGUUGCGGCAGAAGAGGGAGGACGAGCAGACAGAUUUGAAAGAGCAGUUGAGUCGUCUCAUGACGCAGCUGGAGGGCCUAGAAACAGAGUCCAAGCAAUUGGGUGCAAGUGUGCAACAGAUGGAGGAGCAGACGAUGGAGAAGAAGAGAAGUAACUCGGAGAAGGAAGCUUCUUACAAGGUCAAGAAGAAGACCAUUGACCUGCUUCCAAAUGCAGAGACGAACAUCACACUCUUACAGGGCGUUGUGGAGAAGAGUGCGCAGCAGCUUGUGAGCUUAGCCACCCAGUGGGAAGAACACAGAGGUCCGCUCAUAGAGGAAUACAGGAAGACCAAGGAUGAGGUCUCAAACAAGGAGUCUGAAUCUGAGAAGAGAUUAGAAGACAUCCAAGCUUUGAGAGAAAAGAUGAAGAAAGUUGCAGAGGAAACUAGGAGUAAAGAGGACAUGCUCAAACAACUUGUUGCCGAGUAUGAGAGAAUGGCUAAGGAUGUGAAUAGAUCGGCCUACACCAGGAGAAUCCUCGAAAUUGUUGCCAAUAUUCGUAAGCAGAAAGAAGACAUUAAUAAGGUACUCGGUGAUACAAGAACACUCCAGAAAGAAAUCAAUCAGGUAUCGGGUAAACUAGAUCGGACCUUCACUGUCACAGAUGAACUCAUUUUUAGGGAUGCAAAGAAGGAUGAGGCAGUGAGAAAGGCAUACAAAUACCUUGCUGCAUUGCAUGAGAAUUUUGACCAAUUAAUCAAAACCUUGGAAGAAACCGGCACCAUCCUGAGAGAGAUUAGAGAAUUAGAAGACCAGAUCGACACGGAGAGCAGUAAGAAAACUGUCACCAAUCUUGAGAAGAUCACCAACGACUAUAAACAGAUGAAGCAGGAAAAUGCCGCCCUCAUUGCCAAAUUAAAAGGACAGUAAAAUCUUGUCACAACCUAAAAGUGGGACAGUUGGUUCUUAGCUUAUUUAUGUAUACCAGAUAACCAUGACGAAACAUAUGAAACAGAAUGUGCAAAAUCAGCCAUUGCAGGCAUGACUAAUCAGAGGUAUCGUUGUUAAAUCACAAAA